CCAUUCAGCACUUAGAGGAGUUGUCAGGGGGAGCCAAGCCCAAAGAGGGGCCAACGCUAGCACUCAGCACAACGCCAUCCUGUCGUUCUGGUAGGAAAAAGGAGUUGGUAAGCAAAUUUACAGCUUGAGAAUAUGGGGAACAGUAAGAGUGGUGCUUUGUCCAAAGAGAUUCUGAAUGAUCUGAAGUUGAACACCAAAUACACGGAGGAAGAGCUCUGCACGUGGUACGCCAGCUUCCUCAAAGAGUGUCCCACUGGACGCAUCACCAAAGAACAGUUUGAGGGCAUCUACGCCAGUUUCUUCCCAGAUGCAGAUCCUUCUGCCUAUGCUAGGCAUGUCUUCCGCAGCUUUGACACCAACGCAGAUGGAACCUUGGACUUUAAGGAGUACAUUGUGGCGCUGCACCUUACCUCGUCAGGCAAGACCACGCGCAAACUUGAAUGGGCGUUUGCUCUGUAUGAUGUUGAUGGCAACGGGACCAUCAGUAAAAACGAGGUGCAGGAGAUUGUACGGUCAAUAUUCAACAUGAUUCCGGAAGAAGACCAAAAAAACCUUCCAGAAGAUGAGGACUCGCCAGAAAAGCGAGCAGACAAAAUUUGGACGUUUUUCGGAAAGAAAGAUGAUGAUAAGAUUGAAGAGGGGGAAUUCAUUCAGGGUGUCUUGGAAAACAAAGACAUCUUGAGGUUGAUACAGUUUGAUGAGCCAAAGAAGAUUCAGGAAAAACUCAAGGAAAAGAAGCAUUAAUGUCCACAUUCCCAUGAGACUAACCGGAACUUCGUUUCUAUUCAUUUGAAACCAAACCUACACAAACCAGACUGCUUCUCCAGGUCACAUACUGGACGCAUACAGAUACCUAUCCACAAACAUGUCAGAGUUAUAAGCCAGACAAACCUAGCUUUUCUCAUAAUACACACAGACUUCUGUCCUGGACCACCACCACAUCUACCCGAAGGGCCUCUAAAAACAAUGGAAAAUUUCAGAGUCCAAUCAAUAAGAGCAAUUAGGCUCAUGUUAACAGUCCUAUCUAGCGUAUACAAUCCUCUUAGGAUCUGAAGGUCAGGUAAGACAAAUCCGCAGGGUCCAGUUCUCCUCUUUUAGAUCCCUUCAGGGUUAAGGUGGUUUAAGCGCUCAACAUGCAUUCAUUUCACAGCCGACUUUUUGAAGAGCAAAUUUCUUGUACUGUGUUUUUUAGGAUGUACAGUGAUGGUGAUGACAAUUUUAGAGAAUUUUUACAUGGAAAAGUUUAGGAAUUCAUAUCUAUUCUAAGUCCAUUGCAUUACUGAUCAAGCCACCAAUGCCAAUUAGCCAUAUAAAAACUCAGUUUUACGGUGUCCUUGCUACAUAUGUUACAUCUACUUACUGUAGUGAUAAGUAACAGUAAAUUAUGCAUAGUUCCAAGCUACUAACUCAACCUAACCCUUCCCUAUAGUAAGUGCAUGUUGUUAAUUGAUAUUACUCAUAAUGUGUAAGUACUCUGUAACAAGGACACCUUAAGUGUAAUAAAACAUCUUUUCUGUCCAUUUUAAAUCAAAGAUUACUCUUGUAGUGUUGGAACAACGGUGUACAUGACAGUCGCAAUUGACUAUGGUUUCUGUCCAUGUGUUUGUAAAAUAAUAGAGCAGCCUAAAGUUUUAGAGUAUUGUAUUGUCCAUGUAAUUUUCUUUUCCAAUCAUUACAAUUCAAUAUACUGUAUAUAAUUAUAUUUUUAAUUGAUUUUAAUGCAAAUAAUUGUUAAUAUCAUGUAACCACUACUUGUUGUCAAUGAACUACUUUUAUACAUGAUAUUAUCACACAAAAACAAAGCUGUCUCAAACUGGGUUUUGAGCUUGAACCCAAUUAACCGAUUGAGUUUGGAGUGAGAUUAGUGUCUCCAAACAUGUUUAGACUUACUAAACUUGAAUACUAGAAAGGGCUCUCACCCCAAGUAUCUUCAUGUUGACACUGCUUACGGCAAAAUCUCAUAGGACAAGCCUGAAACGCAGGGGCUUACCUCUUUCUUUUCUUAAAGCCGUCUUUGGCUCAGGCUAAUGCAUGGCCUGGAUUCAACACUAGGACACCGAGCUGCAAAACAAUGAGCUCUAAAGCAUUGUUGCUUUUGACUCGAAGAAGAACAGGCUCACAUGCAAAAACACACAGAGGAUCAUUGUAUCUAGUAGGAUACAAGAGGAUCUAGUUGAGUUGCAUUAAACCUGAAUUACCUGGUUUUGGAUGUGGCCUGCCUUUGUUUUGAACCAGCGGGUCAAGGUUUGGCUGGUCAGUUAGAGCAGUCAGCCUCUCCUCACUUUGCAGGCAAAAAAAUGUCUUUCUCCAUUGACAGCCAUUCAAAUGUUGGCAUGCAUUCUGAAUAAAUACUUCAAUGUUGCAUUAUGUUAUGGUAGAUAUUUCUUCAGUGAACAUUUAUUAGGAUGGCUGCUCAAAAAAAAAAAAAAAAAAAAAAAAAAUUAAACAUGGAAGUGCAGGCCCAUAAAACAAAGAUGGCAGCAUGUGCUAAACAGAAAUGCAAUGCUUAUGUAGCUCAAAAGAAGAAACCUCAGUGGUGAUAAACAAUUAGAGUUGUUUUUAUUAUUAUAAUAGACAAUGUAGUGAUUUCGAGAGCAAAUUCAACAAACAUCAGAUAAAUGAAUUUUAUCAACAAAGACUAUUAAGUUGAGAACAAAUAAAUCAACAUUUACAAUAUUAUAUAUAUAUACAUAUAUAUAUUUAUAUUGUAUAUAUAAAAGAUCUAGUUAGGAACACAAGACAUUCAACUGAACAGUUUUUCAGAAUACACAUAAUACACACCAUUGACAUCAAUUUUCAAUACGACUUCUGCAACAUGUAGUUCUAGAAUAGCUUGGGCAAUGCAGUACAGUAAACCUUGUUACAUGCUAAACAGCAAAUGUAAACCAGUCAUACCCUAUGUUAGGUGAAAAGAGAAUGAUUGUUAGUAACUCGAUAUAAAGGAAAUAACAAAGUAAACGAUAACCUGAACGCAUUCCUUUCAUGGUACACUAAUCCAUUUUAGAUUUCAUUUCACAUUAUCGGACAUGCUUAUGUGCGUUUUACAAUGUUCUUAUAGCUGAAGGCUUAAAAUCCAAUUAAAUGUCCAUCAUGUAUUCCUGGUGCGCAUACUGUGAGUUUAUCUCAGGCAACAAGUACUAUAGCAUUUUUGAAUUUUUAAAAACAAAUUCUAUGCUUAAUUUGUGUAUUUAUCUAACUCUAACCACUAAUGUAUUUCUUGUCAUACUGACCAAUAGUAAAAAUAAAUACAAAUCUAAAUAAAAGCACAGAUAUUUUUUUU